ACCGUUCGGUAAACCAGCGGAAUCCUCGGCCCAAUACCUUCAGUAUUCCCCCUUCCGCUUCCGCCAGGUCCCCACGGCCCGAUCCCAACCCGGCCGUCCCCCACCGCUUCGAACCCCUUUUAAACAUGCGAUGGAAGAAUAGCAAUUCCAUCCCUCUCUCUCCUCUCUCUUUUCUUGGCCUGAUCACUUCGUUUCCUCGCACCCGAAGAUAGAUAAAGGAAAGGAAAGAGGGGAUAGAGCAACGCCGUCGCCGGGAUGGAGAGCACCGACUCUUCAUCGGGCUCGCGGCAACAGCAGCAGCAGCAGCAACCACAGCUCCCUCCCGGCUUCCGGUUCCACCCCACAGACGAGGAGCUGGUGGUUCACUACCUCAAGAAGAAAGCCGCCUCCGCACCCCUUCCCGUCACCAUCAUCGCCGAGGUCGACCUCUACAAGUUCGACCCUUGGGAACUCCCAGGAAAGGCCAACUUUGGAGAACAGGAGUGGUACUUCUUCAGCCCCAGGGACCGCAAGUACCCCAACGGAGCGCGGCCUAACAGAGCUGCGACGUCCGGCUACUGGAAGGCGACGGGCACGGACAAGCCCAUUCUGACCUCCAGAGGGGCUCAGAAAGUCGGGGUGAAGAAAGCCCUCGUCUUUUACGGCGGCAAGCCCCCCAAAGGGAUCAAGACCAACUGGAUCAUGCAUGAAUACCGGCUGGCCGACAGCAGCCCCGGUAGCAGCUCGAGACCGCCCGGAUGCGACGCCGGCAGCAGGAGGAGCUCUCUCCGGUUAGAUGAUUGGGUCUUGUGCCGGAUCUACAAGAAGAACAGCAACAACAACAACAACGCACAGCUGAUGGACCGCAACAGGGAAGACUCCAUGGAUGAUAGGAUGGCUCCGCCAGCCAUUAACACGCAGCCAAACCCAAGGCCUCACCAUCAGAGGGCUCCUAACAACUACACCGCGCUGCUAGACAGUGAUGAGACUUUCUUCGAGAGGCUGCUUACCACCGAGGAUGGCCUGCCAACUAAUCCCACGAGUCAGUUGGCUGGUGCCUCAAGGCCUAAGAUGGACCUCUCCACCAUUCCAACCAAUAACAGCACCCGCGCCCCGAAACGAGCCCUCACUUCCCCAUACUGGAGCGACGCAGGAAUGGCCACACCACCACCGCCCAAGAGACUCCAAGUCUGCAACAACGGCAGCAGCCCCAGCAAGUGCACCACCACCAACAACAGCAACACCAGAAGUGGAAGCAACAGCAGCGCCGCCAACAACAGCAGCAGCAGCAACAUCAACAGCAACCAUGGGGGCCGCACGAUCGCGGCGCUCCUCAAUCAGUUUCCCCAGGGUGCGGUCUACCAACACCAAACGAUCCUAGGUUCGCUUGGGGACGGCAGUGCCAUCUUCCAGCAGCCGUACCAGCUCUCCGGCGCGAACUGGAGCUCCUUAUAGGAAAGCUCCAGUGGUGUGUAUCGUUUCCUUCUUAAGUCCAUUAUUAUGUCCGUAAGAGAUGCAGACGCAGGAAAGGGUGAAUAGCGGAAUAGCUGCUAAUCCUAGAAAGCCACCAUCUGUGUUGGACACGUGUCAGCUCCACGGAGUACGAGGGUUUGCUGACGUAGUGCUUGCUGUUAGAUUGUGCAACCGGAGAUUCGGGUGUGGUCUACCUGGUUGCUUAUAAAGACUAGGGAAGUAUUCAUAGUCUCGAUUUCACAGCAAAAACAUACUGGGUUCUGUGAGUGGAUCUGUCUUCAGGUGAGAUCGAUUUGCUCUUAGUAUAUAUCUAGAUGCUGCACACUUUAAAGUUAUAUAAACCUUAUUCACAUAGAUAUAAAUUUACAUACAUAUAUAUGAAAAUGUGUUUCUUCUC